AAAAGCUUUGGAGCAAACAGCAAAGAAAGAGGUUUUAUUGGGAUUAUUUUAAAUUCCAGCUUACAAACGCGAAGUAAACAAAAAGUCAGAAGAAAAAGGCACAAACAAAGAACCAUCCUCCCCCCACCCACUACCACCACCGCCCACCGCUUCCACCACCGUCCAUCCCCACCCCCCCGGUUGAAUAUAUUAUUCUUCCAUUAUUAUCGGAUUCCUCCGCAGUCAAGCCGCCGCCGCCUCCGACCGCCGCAGAUAAUGGAGUCUUCACCGCUGAAUCGUCUCCCGCAGGACACACUCCACCAGAUCUUUCUCUCCCUUCCACUCCAUCAGAUCAUAGUCUGCAAAUCCGUUUGUAAGUACCUUCGCUCAACUCUUUCUUCGCCUUCAUUCCUGCAUCUUAUCUCCACCUCCCAAUCCCAUGUAUUCCCCCUGAUUGCCCUCCGCCCAUCUCACCGUUCUCACGCCCAUUCCCAAUCGUCUCCUCAUCCCGCACUUCAUGUGUUCGACCCUUUGCUUCACCGAUGGCUCCGAUUCCCUCUCGGGUUUCUCCCCUUCCCUUCCCUCCUCCCGAUCACCUCCUCCCACGGCCUCCUUUAUCUUUGGGCUUCCUCCACUUCUUCCCCGUCUCAGGGCCAUGGGAAUGGUGUCCCUAAACCUAGUAGCGGUAACAGUAAUAAUAACAAGACUUUGAUUGUUUGCAACCCUUUAACGAGGCAAUAUGAAGCUUUGCCUCAGCUUGGAUCGGCUUGGUCGCGUCACGGUUCGGUUUUAGUCGGUCGGAGACCAAGUCAAGUUUUAGUCCUCACCGAGUUAGCUACCCUGUAUUCAACUACCAAUUCGUGGCUUAAGUUCUCAUCCAACUUGCCUUCCAAGCCGCGAAGUCCUGUGUUGAUCGAUAACUUUAUUUUGGCGCUCUGCGAUGUGGGUUCUCCGUGGAGAUCACAGUGGAAGAUGUUCAAGUCAAUGGUGAUGGACACGGAGCAUUUAUUCACUCAGAAAUGGACUCGGUUAGAGAAGCAUGAGUGGGGGGAUGUGUUUGAUAUUAUAAGAAGGCCUCGAUUGUUAGUUGGUGGGAAAAAUAGGGUUUUGAUGAUUGGUGGAUUGAAGAGUUCUUACUCAUUGCAUAGCGCAUGUUCCACCAUUUUGAUCUUGAGAUUGGAUUUAGAGAGUUUGGAAUGGGAUGAGGCCGGACGAAUGCCCCAAGAAAUGUACCGUUAUUUCCAAGAUUCAAGUAAGUUUAAGGUGUUCGGAGGGCGGAAUAGAGUGUGUUUUUCUGCAAAGAGGGUUGGAAGGUUGGUGCUUUGGGAGAGCUUUGAGGAGAACGGAUGUGCAAAGAGUGAAUGGCGGUGGAUUGAUUGCGUUCCUGGGAAUGGGGACGGACUUUGCCGGGGUUUCUUGCUUGAGGCUCAGCUUUCAGCGGUGCCCUAGAAAAGGUGGAGCUGGGGUAAUCUCUUAUUGUACGAGACUUGCAAUAUUGUGAAGUGGCAAACCAUUAUAAUUCUAUCGGAGACUCAAUUUGACUGUGAUGUUGUUUCUCUUGUACCUGUAACUGUUUUUUGUUUAUUGAAAUUAGUUUGAAUUUAUGAACACAAUUUCCGUUACAGGAUUUUAUUCUUUCUGUCCUUCUUGGCUCCUGGUUUUCUCAUUUUGUUGUUGCUUUGUUCUACUUUAUGAUACUUAAUUUGUAAAUGGAUUGGCAUUUUCAUCAUUUGUCAAACUUUACCUGUCAAUUGGGGAUGUGAGUUCAUUAAAUAGGUGGAAUUUGUUGGUACAAUUAUGUCUGUUUAUCCAAAUUCCAGAAUGUGAUUAUUAUUUAUUCCUUUGAUGCUGGUAUGCAUUCAUUAGAUUGCCAUUUUUAUUAGUGUUUAUGCCACACUGCAUGUAAGUUGUUACUUAUUGCAAUAUCUGUUUUGAAGAACUUGAGGUUUGUUUUUGAAAUGUGAUGAAUAUAUUGAUGGAAGAAGGGGAUUGGUUCUUCACUCUUUUUAUAUUCCUUCUCUUGCCCAACAAUCGGCAAAUGUUAUUGUUUAAUUGCCCCCAUUUCAAUGUAACAUAUUGGGAAGCAGGGUGCCUCUUUUGUCUUAGGGGCAGAGGUGACUGGGAAUGGUCUUCUAUUCUUGUUGUUUUGGAAUUUCAGUUGCCUUCUGGUAGUUGGAGUAGAAGCAAUUGGAGCACAAGCUUUCUUAUUUUUAAGAUGGAUUAGAAUAUGAAGAUAUAUUAUGUUCUAAAUUCAGAAGAGAACUGCUAAUUGUACAUAUUAAUAUCACUUAUGGCUGAGAUGAAAAGUAUGACUGAAUGUGAUAGAAUUCAUGCCUGGGGGCACUUGAUAUCCUUCUUUUUGAGUUAUAUGUUAGAUGGUACAUAAAAGCUAUAAAGAUUGUUACUUCUUCUAGCUUGAGCAGUAUGUUUGCCUAAAUAAACGCAUGUGUAAUUACGUGAUACUGCAAUUUGUAUUUUCCAGCGAAAUGGACAAAAACUUAUUGCUGUAGGAACCACUGCAUCUCCUUUUCUUCUUUCCCUGUGAUCAUUUACAAGUUCUGAUAAUCUCACGGGCUUGCCUCUCAUUAUUAGGAUAAGCUAUCUUUAAAUCUGUUCUGAAGUUUGGUAUUUGACAAAAAAACAACGCUGAGCUUCUCAAUAGACAUGAUAACAUUCCUUUCUGAUGAUUUUUUUUUUUUUUUUUUGGGUGAAUUCCUGAUGAUAAUUUUACAUCUGUGUUUGAACAUCUCAAUUGUACAUGGCUAGCACAGUAGGCAUCCAUGGUAGUAUAGGUGCAACUUUUCUAAUUUUGCAUACAUACGAUAUUGUCAUUAGUUGCUAACACCUGGAGCAGAAAUAUACGUUGAACGUACUUGGCGAAUGGCGAACACCCUAAAUUUGCUGGUACUGUUGUCAUAGAAACAUAAUGCGCGCAGCGCACAGCUAAUACUUGCGGGAAUUGGUUCAGGUUAUGGUUAUUUUCGGCUCUUGUUGCUUGGACCUAUUAAUGCUACAGAUACUCAAUGAUAGAAUAAGAAGUACAAGAUUCAAGGACAUGUUGAUGUCUCUGUAUGUUUGAUAACCUUUUACAUCGAGCUAGAUGAUCUGCAUGAUUAGAGAUUAAUAAUUAUGAUAGAUGUUGAAAGAGUUUCUCUUAAAUUUGCCGAAUAUAUCUGUUGAAUGCUAAUUUUAACAAGCUUCAU